AUUUUUACAGUUUUCAUUUACGGAAGGAAUUAAUUCGUCUUUGAAGGUCAGACAGAACUCGUUAAGACUCGCUUUCCGGUGGUCCAGAGUUGGCACACAGAUAAAGUCAUCUAGAUCCGAGGCGUGCCGACGGGGACGCUAAGCUAGGGAGGUCAAAAUGGUCGGCGACGCCAAGGAACGCGAAAGAAACGUCACGCGACUCCGUGUCGCUUUCAUUCACCAGGAGGAGACUGCGAAAAGCUCUCCCGGGUAAAAUUGCUCUUUCCCGAGAGCACGCGUUGUUGUGUUUUUUUUUUUUUUUUACGUUGUCAAAAGGGCAGACUUGGUGAAAACCGGCUGAGAAGGACCUCCCCAAGAUGGCCGCCGCGUCGUAACCACGUCCUGGUUUUGAGCUCAGCUGCAGCAAAAGCGAUCAUGGCCGCCGCCGCCGCCGUUGUUGUUGUUGUCCGACGCCUGGCUGCCCUCUCCGGGGCUUCGGCGGUCGCGCUCGGGGCCUACGGAGCUCACGGUUUCCAACAUAGCGACCCCGAUGAUUACCAAAGAGCGCUAUUUGAAACCGCCAACAAGUACCACUUCUACCACAGUCUGGCCCUCCUGGGUGCCGUCCACUCCAAGAAACCCGCCGUGGCCGCCACCCUCCUGCUCGCCGGCAUGGGGAUGUUCUGCGGGUCUCUGUACCACCAGGCCCUGACGGGCGACCCGGGUCUCAGGAAGGCGGCCCCCGUGGGGGGGGUGGCGAUGAUUGCGGGCUGGCUGGCGCUCGUCCUCUGACCUGCUUGCUGUGCUUUAACCUUGGAAUAAAACCAAACGGCUCACCAAGUAGUCAUAAUCAUAAUAAAACUCUUUGAGUCUG